AUGGCAUCCGCUCAGGACAUUCAGACGCUCAGUCAACUCGAGACCCCAAAUUACAAGGCGGAAGAAGGCAAGAGCGACGUUACUCUCAUGGAUACUACUCCCACCACUACACCAAAGCCGGCCUUGACCACCCCCUGCCGUGCAAGUCGAGCCAAGGCUCCGAAUUCAACUGACAGGAAGUCAACUGGCAAGAAGUCUACUGGCAGCGGUAAACGUGAUCGCCGAGGCAGAAUAAUCACCUCUGACACAGAAAUGGCAUCUGAGGCAGAGACGACUUCGGGCUCUGAAGCCCAGAUUUCACCGACUCCACGAUUGACCAGGACCUUGCGGGCUCGCAAAGCUCGAGUCACAGAUACGAAGAUGCCCGAGAAUAGUGACAAGGAACUCGAUGCCGGUGCAAAGGAUUACGGCAGCAGCGGAAGUGACGGUGAAUACAACUUUGAGGAAGAGAAGAAGGAAAAGGCAGCCAAAAAGGCAAAGGAGGCUAAGCUAGCAGCCAGACGGGCCUCCCGUUCUGAAUGA